AUGCCCCUCGACGACGACGACAAUCCCACGGCGGCGCCGGCCGCAGCGCAGCUCAACAAUGACUCGGGCGCAGGCGACGAAGCCGAGGACGAAGGCCUGUUCGACAUGCGCCUCUUCGCCUCCAUGUUCAACAAGAAGGGCGUCGCCUCGCAAGCUGUCCGCAAGGGCCAAAAGGACUUUGAGUCGCACGGCACGAAAGCCCAGGAGAAUGCGCUGGAGACGAGCAGGCAGGUCAUCGAGGAGGUGUUGGGAUACACUAGGGUGCACAGGGAUACGUGGAGCAAGGGCUGGUACUUUCCGGACUACUGGCCCGAGAUCAUGGAGGCUAUCGAGGAUGGGGAUACGUCGGGGUUGGCGAAGCCCGAGUAUCUGCAAGAGUUCAUGACUGAGACAAGGCCAAUUUACGCCAAGGAGAGGGUCGUUGUCGUGGAGGAGCUGAAAGGUCCGCAGGCGAGGUCUAUGGGCAGAGUGAUCCGAGGGCUCAAGACGCCGAGGCCGGCAUUGGGAAAGCUGUGGCUGUUGCCCGAGGAGGCGUUGUUCCUUGUCGAGAGGGGUAGCUUGGAGCUCUGGUGGCCGUAUCGCGAGCUCAAGGAGAUUCUGCCGCCGUCGGAGGUGAAGCCUGCAGACGAGCAGACCAAUCCUGACGACGCAGAGUCCGACGACGAGUUUGAUACCGGCGUACCCUUGAGUUUACAAGCCGCCUACUCAUUCUUCAUCGGCCUGGACGGCGAACGCGGCAAGAUCUCACUUCCGAAAUACCAAGUCUACUCACACCUCAGACGGUUAGGAUAUUACGUCCAACGCGUACCGCCAGAACCAACAGAACGUACGCACACACCCGAAGCACCGCGCAAAUCACUCUGGAAAUGGCUCGUCUCCCUCCUUCAAAGACCUGCAGCAGCGCCCGCAACACCACCGCCCUACGGACCACUGGUCAAGCCGGGCGUCUAUCGACAAUACAGCAUCGUCUACAAACAACUCGAGCUCCUGUCCCGCUACCAGCCAUCACCGGCGCCACAGGAGCCCAAGCAGCCCGAGGACCCGUACAAGAUCCACUGGCACGUCUGGAAGCCCUCAAAGCACCCCAACCUCCGCGUGACGGAUCUCCCGCCGCCAGACAUCCGCAUCGCCGUCGCCGACGCACGCGACGACGCAAUCCCGGACAUCGAGGAGAUCUCGGCACUGCUCGACUCAACGCCGUAUGACCCGCCUAACCCAAUCACAAUGGGUGGUCCAGGAAGACUGUAUCAGCGUCUGAGGCACGGGUACCGCAACGUUCUCGUCGCCGUCGUGGACCGCGGCUUGGUGAACUUUAUGAGGUUCGGGCAGGCUGCAUUUGGAGAGGAGAGGCUUUACGAGAGAUUCGACAACCGGGUGAAACUCGUCUGA